AUGACUCAUUCCGAUGCUUUCCCUGCCACUUCGAAGGACAUGGACGCGACUUGGACGUCACGAUUCAAGCCAUUCAAGCCGGACCAAGGCUCGUCGACUCACACUGACAUCUCAGUCGAUAUUCCCCGUGGUGGGCCUGCUCCGCUUGAAUCACCCGACCAGUAUGGACUUUGGGCGGCGACCAGCAAACGUCUGGCCGGGCUUUCCCUGGAAGACGAGUGCAUGCGGAUCUUAGAGAUCUUAGAGAACGGGUAUCCGAACAAGGCAUCUCCAGAAGGGGUCGUGGUAGAUGCCGCCGCGAGCGUCGAACGUUUCAACCUGCCGAGGGCAUCCACUUAUAUGGAUAACCACCCCACCAGGCCUUAUUUCUAUGGCUGGCCGAUCACACGCAAGUGGUUUCGGGUUUUUGCGCAAUGCGCCAGCCCGUACUCCGCAAAUGUCCCCCAGGGCGGUGUCGGAUACGGCCUCACGUUGCUGAAGGAGCUGUCCGGUGCCGACGGCGUCAACUUCGAUCUCACCCAAGAGCUGGCCGUGCACAAGAAGGCGCCAGUCAAGCCUGAAGAUGAGAGUGAAGAAGAAGAGUGGCUCGCCGAUGAACUUCGGUUCUAUAUGGUGUCGAUAUGGAACACAUUAGACGUUCCCGGCUACUUCGUUGCGUGGCCGACCCGGGCCCAGUACGAGUGGCUGAACUCGAUCCUGCCUAGAGAGCCGCAGUGGUACAAGGGUUUUUACAGCAGAGAGAAUUGUAUUACGCUCAUGAUAUGCCCGCCAGUGCGAUUGGUCAAAGUGAUGUCCUGGCGGUAG